AGUUUCGAGGGGCGCGGGGGAGGAGCGGAGGCGGGGCGGAGCGCUCCAGUCUGGGCAGGGAGGUGAGCUCAGGGGGAGGGGCAUGAGCAAACUCUAAAGGGCCCCCUCUUGCCCGGGAUCAAAGGGCGCAGGCGCGGAGAGGAGGGUCAGGGGGCGGGGUGUCGGGAAGAUGGCGGGAAGCGGGUUGCUGGUGUCGGUUCGGAGAAAGAGUUGGGCCUGGGCCUCCAUUUCCUUCAGGCCCGCGGCGAUGCUUUCCUCCCGAAGGAUCGAGAGAUCACCACGGAGGAUCCCAGUUUUCAGGCGGAAGACAACUCUUUCUUUUCUUAAUCGACCAGACCUUCCAAAUCUGGCUUAUAAGAGGCUAAAAGGCAAAACCCCAGGUGUUAUUUUCAUCCCAGGCUAUCUUUCUACUAUGAAUGGAACAAAAGCAGUGGCAGUUGAAGAGUUUUGCAAAUCUCUAGGUCAUUCCUAUAUAAGGUUUGAUUAUGCAGGAUGUGGAAGUUCAGAUGGCAAUAUCCAAGAAUGUACUUUGGGGAAAUGGAGGAAAGAUGUUCUCUCUAUAAUUGAUGACAUAGCAGAAGGACCUCAGAUACUGGUUGGAUCUAGCAUGGGCGGUUGGCUAAUGCUUCAUGCUGCAAUUGCACGCCCGGAAAAGGUAGUGGCUCUCAUUGGUAUAGCUACAGCAGCAGAUACCUUGGUAUCACAGUUUAAUCAACUUUCCUUUGAGGCAAAAAAAGAAGUAGAAGUGAAUGGUACAUGGAAGAUACCAUCAAAAUACAGUGAAGAUGGACAUUAUCUCUUUAAGUACAGUUUCAUUAAAGAGGCAGAACUCCACUGCUUGUUACACAGCCCCAUCCCUGUGAAAUGCCCUGUAAGAUUGCUCCAUGGCAUGAAGGAUGAUGUCAUUCCUUGGCAUACUUCCAUGCAAGUUGCUGACCGGGUGAUCAGCCAAGAUGUAGAUGUCAUCCUCCGUAAAAAUGGUGAUCAUCGAAUGAAGGAGAAGGAGGACAUUAAACUUCUGGUGUGCACCAUCGAUGACUUAAUUGAUAAGCUUUCCACCGUAACUUGAGUUCACAGUGGCACAGGUAUACACUUUAUUGUGUGGUUGACCAAAAUCCUAUUUUUAAUUGAAAUGGCAGACUGACGAAUCAGGAAGGCUGUAAGGAGUGACGAAUGAAAAGUACUGGGCUUUAAGUUUUUUUUCUUACCCCUCCAUAUUAUAAAUACUGUAUGAGUAUCUUCUCAAUGCUACAUUUGCACAGAUGGCAGAAAUUGUGAAUAAAGUGUAGGUUGCUUUUGGAAACCCUUUUCCUUUAUCAUCCUAGAUUUUUUUCAUUAGUUUCUGAUAUCUUUUUUUUAACCAAAAAAAUGUUUGUGUUGACUGUGCCAACUGUUAUGUCUCAUUACCUUGAAUUAUAAAUAAAGCUUAGUUUCUCACUUUUAGGACCAUUAAAUAUGGAGAUUUGUGAAAUAAUUAAUAGUUUUAUGUUCAGACAUGCAAAUUCACAAAAUGCAUCAAAAUUGUUCAGUGGAAUUAAAAUUUGAAAAAGUAUGAAUAUAAUAAAAUUCAAAAUUUAAGAGGUUGUGGCUUUUAUAAAGGAUACAUCAUUGAUAGGUCCUCUAGAAUAUUUUAAAUUAAGGUUCUCAGAAAGUUAUUCUAACUGUCUUCAUGAUAUUAUGAAAUAGACAGUUUAUAAAUUUAAUUUUAUUUUAAAAGUAUAAACUUAUUAAAAAGUUUCAAGAAUCCACAUCCAUGUGUGUACUUUUAGACUGUUGCAGAUUAUAACCCCUCUGUGCUUUUGUGAAUUCUUAAAAGAGUUCAGUAUUUAAUGGCCAACCCUUUGAAUGUUCCCACAUUUAGCUUGAGUGAUUUGUUUCUAUACUAGAGUGGAACAUUUUCAGGCUUAGGUAGGACCUGCCAGAACUUCCCUUUUAAUGAUAUAGCCUUCAAGAAUCCUGGCUCACUUCCACAUGAAGAAGAAACUUUGAAAAUAAGACAGUUUCUUCUUUGUCCCUUUUCCCUUGCACACAGGUACAGUUUGAUGAUGUGGAUGAAAUGCCUCACCAUGUAACCAAUGACAAAUGAGAUAAAUAUAUGGUUAUGUUUUUCCUGAUUAAGUUUUCAAGUCUUUAGUGUGGGUUAAAAAAAUUACCUCAGGUAUAUAGGAUUGAGUAGUUCUAUAUAGAGUUCAAUAAGAAAGACUUGGAGGUGGGAAUGAAAGAAAGUCAUAGUAACUACAAAUUCAUUGAUUUGGGGUGGGGAGGAGAGGUAGAGAGUGGAGACAUGGCAGCCAAAAAAAAUGUUAUUUUUGAUUCCAUUAGUGGAAGUAUAGGACCCUGAAUGAUUGUCCAUUAUAUUUGUAUAACUGCAAGUGUUCCCCAAGAUUGUCCUGGACCCUCUCUCUACUACAUUUCAUGUUCAUCUAAUUAAUAACUAGCAUUUAGAGAAGGUCUACCCUGUGCCAGACACUUUGCUAAGUGUUUAACAAAUACUUCAUUUGAUCCUUAAAACAAUCUUGGGAGAUAGAUGCUAUUAUUAUAUUAUCCCCAUUUUACAAAUGAGAUCAAGCAAAGAAAUUGCUCCCAAGGAUUUGAUUCUCUCUCUUCACGUGACUCCCAGAUCUAUAUAUCCCAUCAACUGCAGUCUCUUCCCUGGGCUUCAGCCCUGCAUCAUCAAUUAUAUAUUAGGCAUUUGAAACCAGAUAUUCUGAAGACAUUUAAAUUUUUUAAAUUAAAUUUCAUUAAAUUAAAUUUUAAUUUUAAAAUGUCCAAAACAGAAUUUUUUCUUUUUUCCCUAUCCCAAACCCACCUUUCCUUCAAACUUUUCCAUUUCUAUUGAGAUCUCCCAGAUUCAUAACCUUUGCAUUAUUCUUGACCCUUCACUGUCCUUCGCCUCAUAUAUUUAAUCAUUUGCCAUUUCUACCUCUGUAGCAUCUCUUGCAUUUAACCCUUUCUUUACUUACACAGCUGUUACCUGAAUUAAUGUCCUCAAUCUCUUUCCUAGAUUAUUUCAAUCACCUCUUCAUUGUUCUCCUUGUCUCAAGGCUCUGCUCACUCUAGUCCAUCCUGCACAUUACCUCUUUUAGUGAUUUUUCUCAAUUGCAAAUCUAUCCAUAUCGGUACCAUAUUCAAUACUCUAGUGAUUCCCAAUGCUCUCCAGUCUAAGAUGUAAAUUGUUUAGCUUUUAAAGCCCUUCACAGCCUAAGCACAAUUUACCUUUCCAGCUGCAUUGAACAUUAUUCCAUUUUGCAGAGCCAAACUCACCUAUGUACCUCAGACAUGACACUGUCUUCCAUCCCUGUGCUUUUCCACUAGCUGUACCCCAUGUGUCCCAUACUCCAUGUUGAAUUUAUUUCUUCAGUUCUGCUUUCUAGAGUCAUCCUCUUCCUUUAAGAUGCUGUUCAAGCACCCCAUUUCUCCCUCAUGAACUACCUUGAAUUUAACCUUUUUCUUAUUUAUUCUGUAUAUGCUAAUAUUUGUACGUAUUAGAAUGGAAGUUCCUUCUAAAAAUAUUUUAUUUUUUCCAAUUACAUGUAAAUACAAUUUUAAACAUUCAUUUUCCAAAGUUUUGAGUUGAAAUUCUCUCCAUCCUAUGCCUCUCCAUAAGAUGGUAAGCAGUUUGGUGUAGGUUAUACAUGUGAUAUCAUGUAAAACAUUUCCAUAUUUGCCAUGUUGUGGAAGAAGACACGUUAAAAAAGCCAACAAUUAGGAAAUAAAGUGAAAAAUAGUAUGA